UAACGGCCCUGCCUGCCUGCGCCGUUUUCACUAUGUGGUGGCAGGGAACGAGGCAGCUCUUUCGUCCUGUGAUAGGCAGAGUUAGUUCAAGAAACUCCUGUAGAGCGCUGUGUGGCAAAUGCAUCGCUGCGCGUUGCUUCCCGCCGACUCUGUCCACUGUCCGGAUUCCCCACCACUUGGUGUCCGGUAAAGCUGUCCGGACGUGCCUCUACAGCACCCCUGCGCCCAAACUGUCCAGUACGGAGCGUAUCAAGGUGGUACUGCGGGAAUAUGGAACAGUGGCCGUGGUUUUCCACACUGUAAUAUCCUUAGCCUCACUGGGCACUUGCUAUCUAGUAGUUGACAGUGGUGUUGAUGUGGGAAAAGUUCUAGAGUAUUUCAAUGUACAGUCGUCUUCCACGAGCAAAGGAGCCUCAACUUUUGCCGUGGCCUAUGUUCUGCACAAGAUGUUUCUGCCAGUGAGGGCUGGAAUCACUGUCGCCUCUGUACCACUCAUAGUCCGCUGGCUCAGGACAAAGGGCUGGGUGAAGGGGGUGGCAAAGGUGUCCCCCAAAUAAUAUCAUAAUUAUUUAGGAUAGCACCUUCAUGAUUAACCAUACCAUUCUGCUGUGUUAGCGCAUGCGCUAAUAUAUUUCUCGCGUGCGUUGUCCGCGGUAUAAUUGCAUGGAGGCCUCGGAGAAGCGGAAGAGUGUGGAGAGACUUCUAGCCAGUUGCAAGGGCCUCGUGUCGGACGAGGAUCAAUUCCAGGGGAAGGAAUGGAAGCUCUCACAGUAUGUAGUUGCACUGAGAAAACAAGUGACAGAGCUGGAGAAGUAUUCGAGGGUGGACCGCGAUACAAUGGCAAUGUUCCAACACAAGGUGGCUGUACUGGAGGAGGUGGUGCACCGCCAGGCCACCUCUCAGAAGACUGAGAGCAGAGAGUCUGAGGUGGAUGGAGGGCAAACUACAGUACAAGAUUCUCGACCAAAGUCACUUUAUCAGAGAGAAAAGGAGAACCGUGCAGAGUUGUUUGGACGGGUAUGACAAACAUGCUGUAUAACUGUGGAUAGGACAUGGAGCACGGAGCCUUACACACCAAAUUCUAACUGCAGUGUACUCAGUUGUAGCGUUCGUAUAGUGAAACUGUUCUCUCUCUCUCUGUUAUGCAGUCUGGAAGUGGAACUAGUAGUCUGAGACAUAGAGGGUGUGUUUGUUGGCUCUUGGAAUAUUCCAGUCCACUACCAUGUCUCUCUCUCUCUCUCUCUCUCUCACAGGUCAGGAUCAACAGAGGCAGCCAACGAGCGUCACCGUAGGAACCAGGAGAGUAUCGCAGAGGAGAUGAUGGGUCUGGCACGCAGCCUCAAGGAGAACGCAAUGGCUGCCAAGACCAUCAUUGUCAAUGAUAACAAGCUGUUGAAGACGACAAAUGAGCAAGCAGACCAGAACAUAACGGCUGUGGACGCACAGACAAGUCGCGUCAAGGAACACAACAAAGGAUGCCCCUGGGGAACGAUACUAUUACUGAUUGCUGUGUUUGUCAUUUUCCUUUGUAUGGUCGUCCUCAUCCGCUUUGUACCCAAACCAAGAUGAAUUUCACUUAAUUAGAACAAUAAUGCAUUGAAUGUGAGUGUUAUUUAUAGACGGGGGGGGGGGGGAUGGAAGAAAAUUAUUGGUUGCCUUAUAAAACUUACUUGAUGAUGAAACGUUACAUUAUGCAGCAUAACAUGGACAUGACAUCUUACACACUGUGCUUGGUGUGGUAAGAGAGGGCUACAGUUAUAGCAAUAGAAAACCAGUCUACUCUUGGCUGUUCCAGGAGGCAACUAUCUUCCAGGGAAUGGAGAACUCGCGGGCGGCCUGCUGAACCGAGCCCACUUCUGCCACACGACGCAUCACCCGCAGUUUGAACUGCUCGUCGUAAUCCUCCUCCUUCACUCCCGUCUCCUCCGUAACCCCACCCCCUUCCCCUGCCGUCCCUCCCCCCACCACCCUCUCCUGAACUAUGUCAAGAAUGUCCCCGCUCCCCUCGGGGAUUGAAAUUUCUCCCCCCUCCAGCGAUACCUCGGUCUCUGUGCCUCCCGUCGCCAAAAUUUCAGCCCCCGUCUCCAUGACGAUUUCGUUGCCUCCCGUGGUGAGAACCUGGACCUCGGUGGGCGUGGUCGAGAUCAUGUGACUUGGAGGCAUGGAGAUCGGGACCCCCUCGCUUUUCUCCACACUCAAGUGGACGAUAUCGUCGCCACUCUCGAGUUGAGCGGGGCCCACCACUGCCCCCUCUCCCCCCUGUACCAUCACUUCCAUCUGCCCCCCAAUUACCCCCUCGUCAACAGUGGCCUCAAACAUCUGCUCUGAAUGUUCCCCCUGUCGUCGUGAUGGCGGCUUCAACGAUGGGCUCGGAAAUGAUAACUUCUUCAGUGAGGAACUGUUCCGGGGCUCCACUAGCCACACUGGUCACUGUCUGCGUUGUCUGGACCACAUCUGAUGUGGUGACAGAGAGAGAAGAAGAGGGGGUGACCGGAGUCUGGGGUGUCGAUUGUGCAGCUGAACUCUCUCCCUUGCCUCCACUCAUCUCCUGGUGGGCAGAGGAGUGACUCAACUGGUUGGCAACUGCCUGAAUCAGACUCUC